CGCCAUAGCCUCGCGUCUCGCACGCUCACCGGCAGGCGAGAGGCUCACCGUUCGGAAGACAUCUUGCCGCCGAUUUCGUUUCUCGUGAUCACGACGGCAGGUUGUUACGCGACAGGUGAGGUAAGUGCGACUGAAAGUUCCUGCUUCUUGCCAAAAAACGUCAAUAUUCAGCACUCGCCAGCCUAUCGUGUCGUUGUUGGCGAAGCACCAGGGCACCUGGUAACAACGGCGGCGACUAAACCGCGUGAGAAGUCCGUUGGCCCUGGUGAUCGGCCACCGCCAUUCGAGCAAACCAGAUGCAGAGGCUGUUUCGUGUUGGCUGAGAGAGAACAUAGUUUGGGGGUUCAUUACUGGACAUUGCACGGCCCGUGGUCGUAG